GUCAGCGAGCUCCCGGGGCGGGAGGUUGGGUCUGUGUGUCCGGCUGAGCCUUCCAGGGUGCUCCCCACCCAGCCGGUUUCUGGGGUGCAAAGAGGGGAGCUCUGUGCAGCCAGAGCCCAGGAGCGGCCCCUGCAGCCCAGCCAGCAACUGCCCGGAGAAACAAGACUUUUAAAAUAGCCUUGGUCAUUUCCAAAGGCCCAGUGCGCACACACAAGGUGUCCUGCUUUAACAAUACCGGUGUAUUUAAAGCGUACAGCGCCCCCCCCCCCCCCGCCAGCCCCGCAUGUGGAUAUAAUUAUUUUGUUACAAAGGUGCUUGUAUAGGAAAGGGAAUAAGCUGCACUGAUAUACGGCCUCUCCAUCCUGGUAUCACUGUAUCCCUAUGAUGAGGAAAUAGUUUAUUCUACUUAGCUGCUAUAACAGGGGGGGCAAGUUUGUCUCCUGUACAUAGGAGAAAGAAGAAGGGGAAAAUGCAGCGUCAGCUAUGGAUAGUUUUAACUCAAGGAGUUCCUUGGAGAGGAAAUGUAACCAAACUCCAAACCCACAGACAAUGGAACUUUCUGUGCCUGCAUCCUAUAGCUAACUAACUGCUUGGUUUGCAAAAUAACACAACGGGGCAAGAACCCAACUGCAGUUGAAAUAAAUGGAUCGCCCCUCCCGGGGCUCCUUGCUUGAUUAGCUGUGUCAGUCUCUCCUUAUUCCUCAGCUGGAACGGACAGGAAUUUCCACAACAGUGAGAUCACUAUAUUGGGAAAUAGGGCAACUGCCCUGAUAACUGAAACACGGCGAUUGUCUCCACCACCGAGCAUUGGCCAGUGUAGCUUUGCCACCAGAGCCUGUGAGUGGAGACACUGUGUACGCCAACAGAAGGAGGUUUUCUGCCAGCAUGGCUGCCCCAGCUCCUCAAAUGACCCAGGCCACACCAGUGUUUCUCAGAUGGGGCCACCAGGAUCUUUUCUUGGGACGACAGCCUUCUGGGCAGUGAUUGGGUUGAGGGGGGGAGGUGAAGCAGUGACUCCACCCCAAGCCCCCCCCCCGGGGUUGGACCCAGCCCCCUUCUGGAGCCAGAAAUGCCAGAGGAGCAGGCAGCUGGUGUCUCAGUUUGUGUGAUCGGAAGAGAAGGGAUUUCUGAGAGGAUGGAGCCCCCGUCCAGCUCAAGGUCUCAGAGGUUCCACCACCCAGGACCAGAACUAAGCUGUGACUUCAGAGAGAUGCAGCAGUAUCCACGGCAACUAGAUCUUCCUGCACCUUAUUUGUUUGUUCCUUAUGAUAAGGAGAAUGAAGGAGACCAGGAUAUAGUGGCCUCGCUCUGUAGGUUUGGCUUUAUGAUGCCAGUGACAUUUGAGGAGGUGGCCGUGUCCUUCUCUGAAGAUGAAUGGGCUCUUUUGGAUGAAAAGCAGAAGGAACUCUACAGCGAUGUCAUGCAGGAGAUUUACGAGACUUUCAUCUCAUUGGGAUUUCCGAUCGCUAAACCAGAUGCACUGUCCCAGAUGGAGCGAGGGGAAGAGCCGUGGUUCCCAGAUCUCCAGCACGCUGAGGAAAGGGAGAAUGCAGGAGGCACUAGCACUGCAGGUGCUGGGACAGUGAGUGAGAAGGAGGGAACAGCCCAGAAAGUAUCUACAGGAGCAGAACCACAAAGGAUGUUCUCCGGGAGACACUGUUGCCCUGAGUGGGGAGAUGCCAGUGAGUGUCAGAGCAGGACAGAGAGGCUCUGGGAAGACCCUCCAGGCAGGAGUAAAUCCCCUCAUAGCAAAAGAAGUUUAGAGAAAUCCAAAGAGACCAGCACCCACCAGACAGCCUGCACAGGGGAGAGCCCAAACACAGGUGCUGAACCUGGGGAAAGUUUCAAUAAAUGCUCGCUCCUCGUUAAGCAUUGUCAGCAAGCUUGUGCAGGAAAGGGUGCCUACAAGUGUAAUGAAUGUGGCCAAAGCUUUUCUCAACAACAGUGCCUUCAGAGACAUCUGAGAAGUCACACAGGGGAGAGACCCUAUAAAUGUAAUGAAUGCAGGAAAAGCUUCAGAUACAAGACAACCCUCGUUCUUCAUCGUUACACAGUCCACAAGUCGGAGAGACCCCAUAAGUGUCCAGUGUGCGGCCAGCAAUUUAUCCUGAGAAAGAGACUUAUUGAGCAUCAGAGAAUCCACAACCAAGAGAUGCAUAGAGGGUUUAACAGUGGGAUUGUGAGUGAGAACAAGGAUGAGCAUCCCCAGCAGAAAAAGCCAGUGGGAGCGGAGCCUCAUGAGGCAUCUCAGAGAUGUGAACGGGCAGAUGCUGGUAAGAGUCGGGGAAGGAGAGGACAGCUGCGAGCUUUCCCAGCAGUGGGAAAAGACUGUGAAUCUGCUGUAGGCGAAGGAAGUUCUAAGAAAUUGAACCGCACCAUCGCCUACCAGGGAACCAAGGUGGGAGCACAAGUGAACACACAAAGUAAGAGUAAGAGAAGAUUUAGCAGCAGCUCAGCCCUUCACCUGCAUCAGAAAACCCACCCGCAUGAGAAACGUUACAGCUGUGCCGAGUGUGGGAAAAGCUACCGCCAGAACCAACACCUCCGAAGGCAUCAAAAAAGCCACACGGGAGAGAAACCUUAUGUGUGUGCUGACUGUGGGAAUAGCUUUGGACGGAAGUCGACACUCAGUAAACACCUACGGACGCACAAAGAGGAGAAACCCUAUAGCUGCGCUGACUGUGGGAGAAGCUUCAGAGAGAGCUCGUACCUUGUUCUGCAUAAGAGAAUCCACACAGAAGAGAAACCCUAUCAGUGUCCUGACUGUGACAAAAGCUUCAGACGGAAAGGGGACCUUUCCACUCACUGUAAAACCCACACGGGGGAAAAACCUCAUAAAUGCACUGAAUGCGGGCAAGGCUUCGGGCGGAAAUCAACUCUGACUAAGCACCUGAGGACCCAUACUGGGGAGCGGCCCUAUAAAUGUCCUCACUGUGAGAAAAGCUUUCGUCAGAAGUUCUCCCUUUCCCAGCAUCAGUUAACGCACCAGGAAGUGCGGCCUCACAUGUGUACGGAAUGUGGGAAAGGCUUCAAUCAAAAAUCAUACCUUGUUCAACACUUGGCAAAACUGCACUUGAAAAAGGAAAGCUGAUGAGGAACUGGUCUUUCAAUGGGUUUUGGGGAUGGUUAGUGGGAAUUUCAAGGCAGUAGAGUUGUACUUUGGAGUUGAUCAGUGGCAUGCCAUCUAUGGAUGCAAUGCAUAGAUUGCAUUCCCGUGUGAGCCCUGAAUAUGACAUCCUGACUGGCACAAAAUGGCAUCCUCCACAGAUUGUGAAGACACGGGUAUUUUAACAUGGCACUCUACAAAUGGAUUAAAACCUGGCGAACUGAGAUGUCUCAAUAUGUAACUAAACAGGGAAUCCUCAUUGAGCAGGUGUGUUUCUAGUGUGGUCCUGCAGAGAUUGGUUCUUGAUCCUCUGCUAUGUAACGUUUUUAUCAAGGACCUGGAAAUAAACAUAAAAUGAUCACUGAUAAAGUCUGCAGAUGACACUCUAAUCCGGGGGCGUGGUAAAUAAUGAAGAGAACAGGUCACUGAUUCACAGUGAACUGGAUCCCUGCACUCCUCUAUGGAAUAGCUAUGCAAAACGUUUCCCAAUUUACUCCUAAAAAAACACAGUUGGGCAGAGUGCAGGGUAUGAAGUGGAAAACAGAAAAUGCCCCAAUUAACUUACAGUCAGUUAACCUAAUAAAUCACACUAAGGCUUAUGAGCCAAAGUCCCCUAACAUUUU